CUGCACAUGUGAAUAGGGCCAAGGGUCUGGACUAGUUAGCGCGAGGCGGAAUUGUAACUCGGGUCUUGUGGAAACAGCUGUGCCUCAUGCGUAGACAGUCGCUACUGGAGCAGUACUCAGAUGUAUCCGUGUAGGUGAAUAAGAGGGAGCUGCUGUUGACAGUUAUAUGGUGUGUCUAUAAUUGGAUUUUUUGGUAGACCAUAUAUACGUAUACCGACUGGUUCCCCCAGACAACUGAUGCUUUCUUGCAACAAGGGCUGCAGUUUUAAAGCGCUGUGAAAAAUCGUGUGACAAAACGGUUCUCUCACGGUCUGUGCUGUACGAGUCGUCAUAUUUCGCAAGACCUAUGCUGUCACCAUGCCAGCGGUAUGCCGUUAUAGGGGGAACGGUUCUUCUUGGCGUCUACGUCCUAUUCAUGGACUUUCGAAUGUAUCAGGCGCUGCAGCAGUGGAUGGGACCCACCGUGAACGCCAGCAGAAGUCAUCAUUCCUCCACCCAAACUGUCACCAUGAAAUGGUUGCUUAUGCCACAUAGCAGCAAUUACAUAUAUCAUCCUCUGGCCGAGUACUUCGACGAGAAAUCGAAGUUCAGCAAACGCUUUCCGUUCAUAACGGCCAACAUGGUGAGCUUUGCGCACGUUGUAUUGUUCGCGUCACUUCUUCCUCUCAUCUACUCGGGUAGCCUCGCUGUACGACGUUGGGGUAGCUUGGGCCUUUUCAUGGCGAACUGGUUGGAUGUCUACGAUGGCGUCGUUCAUCGGUCCCACGUUGACGAGGAGAAGGAGCUUUAUUAUACGAAGCCCGUACUAGAUUUCGAUGUAGAUAACUUGGUGGAUAUCUGCGUGGCUAUCCUGCAAUGUGUAGCAUUAUACCUGUGCCUCUUGAAGAACCCACCGACACGUGGACACUCACGAACUCAUGUUUUACCAGUGAGCAGAGACCAACAAAAGACGUUGAUCAACUGGGAAUUAGGAAAGCCAUGUAUAGCGUUUGGCGGGCUGGUGGGGCUUUCGGGGCUACUGUUAGGUCGCUACGUAGCCCGUUUCGGCUAUAUAUUUGAAUACAUCCCAAAAACUAGUAUUCAACAGAAACAACAGUUAUUGGUGAUGAAAAGUACCCAGAUGUGGGUAAUUAUAUGGCUCAGACGUUUCGUCAGUUCAUUUAACUUGAUUGACUACGCUAUUAUAAGUAUAGCCCUGGAUAAAGUUUGGGCCUUCCUCCAGCUCAUGCUGUACGUAGGCUGGCCCCUGGUCAUUCUUCUCUGGAUACUUACAGAAAUUCAACUGUGUCAGGCAGAGAAGGCCAUACUUGGCAGCUGAAGGGCUAUAGUUAAAGAAGACUCGUAUCAGGAAUUGUGAAGUUGAGCGUGCUGUUUUGGUUAUGAAGCAGAUGAUAUGACAUAAUUUCACUGAAGAAUCUGCUUUUAAGAAAAUCAAAAAGAAAAAAAUUAGUAGAUUAACAGUCAGUAACGUAAAUUUUCGCCCCUUCCCCUUCCCAACAAAGUCAGUAACGUAAACUUUAUACCGCCCCCAUCCCCUACCCCCGCAAGUAUGAAGAACAGUCAAGAGACUUUUUGUGACAUGUAAGCGUUAACUACUUGGUGACAAUUAUACUGUGUAUCUACUGCUCAUCUAUGUUUAGUUAAUUAACUAAGAUAUGAAAACGGAUUGACGUGUGUUAUUUUUUGGAACUAUCCAUUAAAUGCAUGUAUAUCUGUUUGACUUAGUCUGACAAAUAUCUGAUAAAUGCCAGGCUGUCUCUGUUUGUACCGGAUAUGUGUUUUAAAUGGACAGUUAAACAAGCAGGUGCCAAAAGCAUGUUCGGAUCUUUAUAAUAGAUGAGUUUUUUUUUAUAUCUGCAUUUUUUUUUGAAACGGCAGACAUCAAAUGAUAUGUUACACGACAUUGUUGCUAACGAUACUGUCAUCUAUUUUGGAUUUAGUUUUUUGUUCAUCUGAACUGCAAGUCGACGGGUUCUAUUGCUGAGCAAAACUCUUAUUUCCGUGGACAUUUUCUUCGGCAAUUUUAAUUGGCUUAAGCUUGAACAUAUUUUUACGUUGGUAGAGAUGUUAGAAUCGAGGUCUUUAGCUCGUAGUCAGGUGAAGAUUGGUAAGGGUUUUUUUGUUGUUGUUGUUGUCAUUUUUCGAUUUACUUCAGUUUCCAUGGCACCAUAUGUCCUCUAUAUAUAUAUAUAUAUAUAUUGAAGACCAUCCUUGUUCGGAUCAUACAGCUAAGUUGCUAUUGAAUAAGAAUAUUUUAACUUAAUAUUAAUAAUAUUAAUUAAACUUUAUUUUCAUAGGUGGUUCGAUUAGCAUAGGACCAAUUUUCCAAAUGAGCCUUCACAUCCAAACACACAUAGUAUAAUUGUCUUACGUGUAUACAACAUAAGUUGUAGGUUGAACGUUGUGAAGUCAGAAGAAAAACAUAGAUACAUUGAAUAAGGAAAGUAAAAAUAAAAACGAAAACAACUAUCAUAACGAAUAACUUUAUGUGCUUCGCAUAUCUUACAGUUUAGAUUAUAAACGACAGUAGAUAAAAUUAUAAAUAAACUAGAUUGAUACCGACUGCCUUCAAGAAGUUUUGAAGAAGUCUCUGAAAGCAGAAAGGUUAUGAGAUUGCUUUUGUAGAGAUUUGUGGACAAGAAUGGCUUUGUGGAAACAAAUUAUCUCAUGUAUUGUCCUCAUUUACAAUAUUUUGAACAUUUCACUGCUUGGAGUUCGAUAAUCUACAUUUGGAAUGUUUCGAAGGUUAAGAAUGCAGUCUAAGGAUACUUUGGAAGCUGAUACAUUGGAAAUUUAACAGCAAAAACUCUAUGGGAAGGUUAUAAAUAUUAUGAAAAUGGAAUUCUACCAUGAUUAGGGGAUCACUGUAAUAGUGAUUGCUUUGAUGACAGCUGUAAAUAAAGCAGCUGGAUAUGCUUUUCCCGCGUGAGAAUAUGGUCAGUUGUAAUGGCAAGCACACCUUAGUAUGUUAAUCAUUUUCUAUUUUUUAUGUCUGUGUGCAAAUUUUAUGGGCUGCUCAUUAAAUAUCAAUUUGCAAUGGUUAAUUUACACGUAUUUACUAUUAUUAAUGUUCAUUUUAUGCUCAUUGUUCCAUUGUGUGGUGCUAGUCUCUCCAUUAUUUAAUAUAGUUGUUUCAGCCUCAACACUUUUGCUAGACGGUGAAAGUGUGAAAUAGAGCGUAUCAUUUAUAAAGAUUACAGAGAACAAGGUUCCACGGAUAGAUCCUUGGAACCAUCUCAAAAUAUUGUGCUGUUCUAAUAUUUUGUAAAAUCUUGAAAGAUUUGAAACUGAUUUGGAAUUAUUCCUCUUAUGCCAUUGAUCGGCUUGUGUUAUUAUAUGUUACUCGUUAAACCUUCAGCAUAGCUGAACCUACUUGUGUACUGUUAGAACUCUCUUCUCAUUCUUCCUGUGUUUGUGAACUACGUGUCGAAUUAUGUCCUUACGAAAUAUAUUUCAUGGAUGUGCUAUUUCUAUGCCUACUUGCUCGACCAUGUUGAUGUCUGUCUGUCCGUUCUGUUUGUGGUUCGCAUGGUUCAUCUUGGUUCGUCUUCACAUUGGAAUAGGAGCGAACAAGGUCUUGGUUCAUCUUGUUCACAUUAAAAUAGAGCAAACAAUGGCAUGAUUCAUCUUGUUCACAUUGGAAUGGAGCGGACAAUGUCUUGGUUCAUCUUGUUCACAUUGGAAUAGAGCAAACAAUGGCAUGAUUCAUCUUGUUCACAUUGGAAUGGAGCGGACAAUGGUAUGGUUCAUCUUGUUCACAUUGGAAUAGAGCUAACAAUGGCAGGAGAAGCCAUGCAGAGCGAGCGGCUGGGGACAUACAUUCUAGCCAUCUUUGAUUGCUUUGGUUCUGUGUUCACAAAGCCAAGUCUAAGGGGUGCAUAGGUUGCUAUACUUUAUGCAUACACAUGAACUGAAGUAAAUGACAAGAAGCUGGAUGUCAUCGGUUGCAUGUCGGCCACACAGGCGUUACUGCUCUGAUUUCACUUUCGGCGCUGUAUUUUUUGAUAUUGUCGUCCUUGGCUCAAAAAUGGUCCUUACAGCCAACUUUUAGACCUCCAACACCUUCCACUGACUUGUUUGUUUUUUUACUAUAAAGUUUUAGUUUAGCCAUGCAAUAAACAAUUACAUGAUCAUAGACAUUCGUUAUGUGAACUUUCUUGGAUAUGUUUUUUAUUUCGCCCUGUCUUAGCCAGUAGAUACACCUUCUACAUUAUGAUCAUUUUCUGAUCUAUUUACAAGAGAAGAAAAGUAAACCAACAUUAAUACCGUGAUGCAUCUGCUUCCAUUUUAUUUCAUUGAAUGUCACUAUGCAAUAAACAAUUCUGCUGAAAUCAUG